CGGAUCUGGAAAUCAAUGGCGCUGAACUCGAAUUUCGAAACGGUGCUUCGUAGAUCAAUCUUGACGAUUUACCAUAUCAUUACAAUCCUAAAGUCGAAGGCACUUUAGCCACUGAGGGAAUGGAAAUUAAUCAAAGUGUCUGAGCAUUUGAAUUAAUCCAAUCUAUUUCAAUCAUGCACUUUUAAUCAGACAAUUAUGGCAUCUAAAUCGCCCGCGAUGACUCUGCGGAGCUGCGUUGUCAUUCUCUGCGGAACUGCUGGGGUCGGAAUGGCUGGUUUCGCUCUGGUGAAAUACCUACGGAGUUGGCUGCGUCAGGUCGUCAGUAGAAACUUGGAACAGAGGAUUGAGGAUGCAAUCUCGAAUGAAGCUCUUUCAGAGUUGGCCAAAUCCUCCAAUGUAGGGCUGAGACAAAGUGCUGAACAAAUGCUGCUUGAUAGAAUAACAAAACGAGAAGCAUUUCUGUAUGUCUUGAAAUCUUGCAGGAGCAGUGAUGAAGAGAAGGCACUUCAGGCAUGCACAGCCCUCUGUGUUAUCCUAAAAAGUGUUGACCAGAGAGUAUUCCAGGUUGAUCUCUUCAUCCUCCAGACCCUAGUGACCACCCUCUCCUCCUCCAUGGAUAGAUGGACUCACUAUCGCACCCAUAUACCUGAUGUAGACUUCCCUGAUAGAAUGCAACGCAUGACGCUGGCUACCAUCUAUGAUCUAUCCACGGAUCCAGCUUUCCUGUCCAAGUUAGAGCAGAUGAAGAGCAAAGAUCUGGCCAUCAUCGUCUUGGAACUGUUGGAGAAAUCAAGGAACAAGGAGGUCCAGAGGUACUCUCUGCUCUUACUUCUACAGAUGACAAUGCAAGGAAAGAAUUGUGCCAGUGUAGAUGCCUUUAGGAUUAUUGGAGAGAAGAGUGUGUUUCAUCAUGGUGAUGUCAUGCUACAGAAGAUUUGCUACCAGCUCUUAGUCACUUUGACUAAUGCACAAAGCACAGAUGCAACCCUGUUCAUCCAUGAGAUUGCUCAGCAAGAUGCACUGGUCCCUAUGGUUGUCUCUACCAAGUCAGAUGAUGUAGAAGUAUCAUUCUGGUCAGUGGCCUUACUACAUGAGUUUGCUGUUCACAAUGUUUGUAGGAAGGAGCUAUGUGAAUUACCUUGUCUAGUCACAAACCUUCAGGCGACAUUGAUGGCUAGCGAAGCUGCGGUUCAGAGACUCAUUCUCAGGAUAUUUGCCUUCCUUGCUCUCAGAAACGAUCCCUUUGCAAGAGAGCUCAUGAAGAACAAGGCAUUGAUUAGUCACCUACCUACCUGCCUAGCGAGUGGAAACAAAGAUGUAGUGCAUUGGGCUUUGGUACUGGUUCAUGAUCUAGCUAUGAUGGGUCGCCAGGCAUUGGAGAAACUUCUGGAUUACACCAACGACGCUUUGAUCAAGUCCCUCCUCUCGCUCUCCACCACCCGUGAUAACAUGAUGCUACGCCUCCUGGCCGAGACCCUUGGACUGUUCUGCGGGUGCGAACAGCUCCCCCAUCGGCUGGUCCGAGCUGGGGCCUUAGAAAUGAUCCUGAGCCUGGCCCAGUCUCAUGACCCAGACCUGGUCUUCUGGGCAUCGGCCUUGCUUUUGAAUCUAGCCAUGACAUCAGAUGCAGUGAAAGUGGAAAUACUGGCUUCCGGUGGGUUAAAGACCCUGAUUGACCUGUCAUUAGGUGACCAUGAGAACGGUCAGAUCACUACCAUGGCAGCCAAAACACUGGUCAUGAUGGCAGUACUAGAUGAGCCCAUUCAUGUGUAUGUUCGGUGUGAGAGGGACUCUGCUACCGUAGUGAUUGAGAAGAAGACCCUGCAGCUAACGCAUCCUGGGAUCAACAUCACCAUGUGGGAGACACUGCUGUCGAAGAAACUUCAGGUUUGGCAUUACACACCCAGCAAUGAAGAUGACCUCGCUUCCUUGAUCAGGAAGGUAUCCAACAUACCUAUCCUAGAUCAGCAGUCCAAGAGGACAUGCGAACGCAACAUGGUCAUCUUCACCAUCAACGGACCACAAGCUCCUCUCUGUUUGAAAGCUCUUGAGAACCGUCUUCGUUUCAAGAUCUAUUCCAAGUCUGGAGUGGUGACCUCAGACCCUCUAGACUUGGACCAGGGUCAAUCUUGCUGCAUCGUAGCCAAUGUAGAUGCAGACUGUGAGUUGGAUGUGAUGCACAUUUCAAAGAACCAAGAACCGAUCGCUGUCCAGCUUCAAGUUUCAGGAGCACUGGUGGUGAAUCAGCGUAUUCGGACUCUGAUCCUUCUUCCCCUACUCCAUCGCAUCAUGGCGGUCCCAGCCAACAGUCCGAUCAACCGGGUCUCGGAUCUAGAACUCCUAGAGGUCCUGGUCCGGCACGAGUCCCAGAAGAACCAGGUCUUGGAAUGUCAAGCUGUUGUGGACCAACUCGUCGCAAUGGUGAAUUACUUUGCUCAACAAGGUGUUGAUCAGCUCAAGUCAGAACCGCUUGCCGUGGCCCAUUCCCAUGGAGCUUUGAGAGUGCUGAGGGUCCUAGCUAUGUAUGACCACUACAGGUCAGUUCUCUUGACUGCUGACACCGUAGCUGCAGUGGUCAACCUUCUCAAUGGUCUGGUCAACUUCUGGCUGAAUGCUAUACUGUCCACUCAGCAGCAGGGUCAAGUGGGCAGUCGCCCCAUCACUAGGAUGGGCAGUAGACCGGUCAGUAGGGCUGGAUACAGAACGGAUGACUCGGUGGACACUGCAAGCCUAUUUUUAUCCAGACCACAUAGUCGAGCCAUUCCAAGUGCACUGGGACUCGGAGAUGAUCCUUUGGAUGAGGUAGACUUGGAGUCCACCGCCGAAUCGUUAGCCUUGAUCGAACGGAACCUGGCUGAGGCCGUGUCUGCCAUCACCAACACGGUCCAGCAACUUGCAGCAUCACAACCACUCCAUCAUCCACCACCGCCGCCACGGAACAGGAGACUCAGGAGCAGCUCUGACUCUGUUUCCAUGGCAACCGACUCUAACCUUGCUGCCGAGGUGGAGGAUGCAGAAGAUAAGAGUGAAGAAAGUCAGAUGACGAAUCAUCUCUCCAAGUUUGCUGUUCUUACGAUAGCUCAUCUUCUCAACACAUGUGAUGAUGAUAUUUCUAGAGCAGUGCAGUCCUCUCUUCAUCUAUCUGGAGCUAUGUAUGCUCUAUGGGCUACUCUCCUCUGCUCAUCAGAAUCGAUGAAAGCCACAGCACUCCCUGUUGCUAUUGCAAUGACCAAGCUUGCUGCCACAGACAUGCCAGUAGCACCAGAUAAUACUGUCAAACUUGAUGUAACAACAAGAACGCCAGCUCUUCUAGUCAGUGCUGACCAUCUAGAGAUCCGAAACGACAGCUGGACAUUUGAAAGCAUUAUUGCCGUGAAUCCUCUUCCUCAUGUUAAGGAUGGAGAAGUGCAGUCAACAAACAAACAUCUGGAAGGCUGGUAUUAUGAGGUAGAGGUGAAGUCCAAUGGCAUCAUUCAAGUUGGUUGGGCAACAAAACAGUGUACAUUUGGACCAGAGAAAGGUCUUGGAGUAGGAGAUGAUCUCAACUCGUGUGCGUUUGAUGGAGCUAGAUGUAGGAAGUGGAAUGGACCUAUCACUGAAACUCUGAAUAAUGAAUAUGGUCUUGAAUGGCAAGUUGGAGAUGUAGUGAGCUGUUUGAUGGAUCGUCACGGAAACGCAAGUUUCUGGUUGAGAGGCAUCAAUAUGGGUGUCGCAUUCCAAGGUCUGGAUCUUAAUCAAGAUUGGUAUCCUGCCUGCUCUCUCUCAACUGACCAACAUAUCAGGUUCAACUUUGGAGACUCAACAUUCAGGUACUCUGAUGUCAUUCCGGAUGGUUACAUUCCUUUCUGCCAAGCUCAUCAAGGGCCUGACCUACCAUUCCAAGAUGAUUUCAGUGUCUUCCCUGACAUAAAACCCCUCUCACAAAUCCACAGUAGUGACGGACAUUACCAUGAUAGCUUGACAAGUGAGAGUGGCCUUCCAGAAAUGGCUCCUCUUCAAGAGCCAGAUCUUUCAAGAGAUGUCGAGUCCAUAGACUAUAUCGACGAUGGAAAUGAUGGGGCUGGUAGUGACUUUGGAUAUGCCGAAAUGGGUGGAGAAGCAUUUGCCGAGAUGACGGACAGCCCGCGCCACGUCGCCAUGGCAAAGAUUGCGCAGGUGGACGCAUCGCUCCAGCAGGAAUCUUACUCCCUGUACAGGCAGGCCUUUGAGAAGAGAUUCGAACCAAUCAGACAUAGUGAAGCAGGGUCAGGUGACCAGGCAGGACCAAUAGGAAUCCAGGGAUCAGAGGAUGCAGAGGGUGGUGGAGAAGCAGAAGAGUUCCAACCUCCGCCUUCUCUCUAUUUUGAAGUGAACAUCAGCCACGUGGAUCGUAGACCAGUCGUGAUAGGGUUCUGCAGUGCAGAUGCUAGUGUCCAGGUUUGUGCAGUACUGACCGAGGAAGACGAGCUUGUUAUGCCAGACAACAGUUUGCAGCAGGUUCCCAAGUGUCCUGUCCUGACGAUUGGAUGCGCUCUCCUCAUUCCCCCGGGGGUAGUCUUCUUCACCGUCAAUGGACAACCCAUCAGGAGACUAUUCAACUUUUUACAAGAUGACCAACCAAGCCAACCCUUGACACCGUGCACCAAUAGCCCUUAUCUUAAUGUCAACUUUGGUCAAGAUCGCUUCUUAUAUGAACCUGCCAAUGAGUUUGAGCAAAGGAUUUACAUGGCCGCCCUUCUCCAUGACUACUGUGAACAAACCAUGAAUACAUAAACAAAUGGUAACGAUGAACUGUGACCCUGUGCACCUAUAGCCCUUACCUCAGUGUCAACUUUGGUCAAGAUCGCUUCCUGCUUGAACCUGUCAAUGAGUUUGAGCAAAGGAUUUACAUGGCUGCCCUUCUCCAUGACUACUGUGAACAAACCAAGAAAUAAAUACACUUCCUUUCCAUCUUGGUUGCCAUGGCAAUGACCUCUAUCUGUCCUUGUGUCUCCCAUGCUCCUCUUCUCAGCAUAUUCUCCCUUAGGAUCUUUCUUGGGCCUGAGUGUCUCUCUGCUCGGAUUGGCAGAAUGUUUUCUCUUCUUUGCAGAUGUGUCACCCUUUACAGAUUUAAACCUGUGCACUUACCUCGUGCACCAAUCUGAUUAUAUUUGGAGUUCAAAGUACCGGUAGGUCAAAGGUGAAGGUCAUAGAAGUCAAUUUUCUAAAUAAUAUAGAUAUAUUGACUGCUAUGAGAGGCAUAGCUGUUUCUAUAGGCUUAAGGGGAUGUUACAUCCUGCUAUGACCCCGAGAGCCCCUUGAGAAAGGGCUAUGCCUCGAUUUUAAAACAGUCCAUAUCUUUUAUAUACCAAAUUCACACAACAAUCUACAAAGAAUUCUUGCCUUAUCCUUUUCCUGAGUAAAGAUUGGUUAAAACAUCACAGCAAAUCUGAGACACUGUCUGUUAAUCUUUGCUGGAAAGUUGCUUUAAUGUUACGAUCAUUCUGGAAUCGCACACACACACUGUAUGGUAUCCGCGCUCACACAUAGAAACUUUUUACACAUAAACUAAUGGGGAUCUCAUCAAAAUUUAACUAUGUAUUGUGUCCCAUUACCUGGGCAACAGGCAUCUUUCUCAUUACCUAUUGACCAUUAUCCGGGCAACGGGCAAUUGUUCGGCCAAUCAGAUGACUAGUUUUAUUCAACAUACUAAAGAGAGGAAUAUAACGGUUAUUAUUAUAUUUUAAGAAUUACUAGAGGUAUGAGCUGCAACCUAUGCUUCAAAUCAGUGAUAAAUGAAUACAAUUUAUGUAUAAAAAAUGAAAUUUUGCUGUGGGAUAUUUAUCAAUUUUCUCUAAAAAAUUUGUCUGUAAAAUAGUAUUUAGGUACUGAAAACCCUCACUGUCAUACAUGUGUAUCUAUUUCUUUCCUGUAACAUUAUUAUAUGUAUAUAUGUCAGUGUGUGCAAUGUGUGUGCUAUUUUAUGUUGAUAAAUAUCAUUGACUAAAAGAUCAUAAAAUAUACAAAA